AUGGUGAGAUGGCCGCAAGCGGUACUUCAACGGAAUAGAACGGUUUUUUCCAACGACUUAGGUAACAAUUGGAAACUCAUUUCUGGUAAAAAAGAGGGACAAACUCAGGUUUCUUGUUCUCAAUUUGAUAAUAAAAGUAAAUGGUGUUUUCCCAUAGAUAUACAUUUAGCUACAGCUGGAAUUCAAGAUACAAGCAGGGGCGUAGCUACCGCGGUAUCAGCCGUAUACGGGGCCCCCGAUUGGCUUCGACAUGCGGCGCAUCUUUUUGGAUAUGGUGUUAUAACAGUUCCAACAAGCCCAGGCACCCAUUUACUGGACUGCUACACUUGGAGACCAUUAGGAUCGUUACGGCAAAGAUUUGUACAGUAUUUCUUGGGAGGCGGUCUACAAUUAAAAUACCCAGAUAUUAUUAUCUCCGCCGGGGAAAGAUAUAAGCUUUCUACGGAGGCUAUGGGAGUUGUGUCCUUUAAUUUAUCUGUGAUAUUGAGGAAUUUUAGUUUUAUAAUUAUUGCAAAUUAUGUUCAUGUUUUUGGAACUACAGCUUCAAAUAAUAUUACAACAACUGUAACUCCAGUAACAGAAGAAAAUGUUACCACAACUUUAAUAUCAACCACUACAGAAAUAGUAACCACUACUUGUAGUGCAACCUCCACUUGUAAUGAAAAUAUUACCACUUUACCAACUACUACGACACCAAAACCAAAAAGCCAAGAGUCCAAAAAUAAAAUUAAAAAACAAACUCACUUGGAAACACCGAAAGAAGGAUGCAGUUGUAACAAUCAACGCACUAUAUGUGAUAUAAAUUGUUGUUGUGACUCUGACUGUACCAUUGAGGAUCGUCAAGUUUUUGGCUACUGCAAAAAUGAAGAAAAUAUUUUUUAUGACACGCGCUACUGCGAUUACAUAAAAUACAUUUACGAAAAUAAUACUCAGCAGAAAUGGCAUGUAAACCAGAACAGUUUGUUUUGCAUUGCUAGCUCGAAUCUGCCCGCAUCUUAUUUAAUUCAGAAAAAACAGCCCCUUUUAACAUUCGAAGAGGCCUUAUUGCAAAAAACAGGAAGAUUAUCUUGGGUUUCCCAGGAAUGGCCACCAGGUGGGACAGUGAAAAAAGAUCUUACUGUUGAUUUUAUUUACGGUAGUCCAACAUUUAUAAUCAGAAAUAAUAAAAUUCAAAAAUUUGACAUUGACGUUAGUUGGUUUACCGACGUUUGUAAUAAUAAGGAACAAAUCCUUUAUUUAAAAAAUGCUAAGACAACAUGCUCAGUAUUAAACGUAGGCGACGACAAUAAAAAAUUGAAUUUUAUCACUUAUUUUCAUAAUAUAUCGAUUUUGGCAACGCCGAAUGCAAUAAAUAAAUCGAAAUUCUAUGAUGAACAUUUUCAAAUAAACGAUUUACUGAAGAUACUCAAAGAUAAACGAUUUACUGAAGAACCGACGCGUAGAAGGGGCAAAAAGCUCAAUGUUGCUCCGGGAAAAGCUAUACAAAAUCCCAAAAGAAAGGUCUCCACUUCAUCAUCUGAGCUAGAGCUGCCAAAUGAGGAUGCAGCCGAUGAAGAAAUUGGACCGACGCACAGUGUUUCAAUUCUGGAAAAUAUCGGCAAAACCUCAAAAAUUGACAUUUUUUUUCAGAUUUUGCUUGUACAACGGGUUAUUGUAACCGACAAGAUCGGUCUGUUAAAAUCGCAAACUUUGAAUCGAGCUUUUAGAACAAUGGAGCUACAAAAAUUUUUUGUCUAUCAAGCCAUCCAUAAAUUAGCUGCCCCAACUUGCCCCCGGCUCUUUAAAACUACAUGGUCUUGGGCGCUCAGGCGCGGUUGUGGAGAAUCCGACUACUCCUUGAUAUUUUGCCGAAAAUUUCGAAAAUUGAAACACUGUGCGACGUGUAGAAGAGGCAAAAUGCUUAAUGUUGCUUCGAGAAAAGCUGUAAAAAAUCUUAAAAGAAAGAUUUCCCCUUCAUCAUCUGAGCUAGAUCUGUCAGAUAUGGAUGCAGCCGAUGAAGAAAUUGAGAGUGAAAGUGUGGAAGAAUGUGAACUUGAUGGAGAAGAUAUAUAUUCUCAAUCAAGUUCACAUUAUAACCAAAACAAACAUAAUAAAGAAGUUCAGAGGGACUCGAAUGCUUUUGAGAAUCCAGAAAAUGCAGUUAUUACAACUGACACUUUUGUAAUAGUUAAAUUGACUAACGAAAAGACAACAAAAAACUAUGUCGGCUGUGUCAGGGAAGUUGUUGAUCCUGAUACAUAUAUGGUUCAUUUCCUAAGAAAGCACGAUUCUUCCAAGAUGGGAGAUUAUUAUUAUUACCCCCAAACUAAAGAUGAAAGUGUCAUUGAAAGACGUCAAUUAAUCCUUGUCCUCCGAUCUGGUUGUCCGAAAAACAUCUGCUUACCGAUAACUGCUAAAAUUUGCGAUGAAAAUUUCAACGUUUGCGUAAACAUCUUAAAACCCGACAAGAAACUGGAGAUAUCUUGCCAAUACGAUUUAGUAAAAAACACAAAUACGUGUAAAAAUGUGGUAAAAAAGGCAAAAUAUAAUAUUUAUCAUAACGGUACAAACGGUAUUAAAUCGGUGGAGGUACUGAUGGUGCUAACUUUAGUUAAGUACGAAUUUAGUAAUGCGGAUUACGAGCAUUACAUUGAUUACGAAGUCAAUUUUCUUUGGGUAAAUCAAAGUAAAAGUUUUUCGGCAGUACUUUCUGGUAGUCCCGGGUAUAAUACAGGAAAGCCCAUUUUAAUUGGAUGUUCAAUAAAUUUCGGUAACAAAUCUCACCCAAAUUUCACCAUAUCCAGAGAUUCGUUAAAUUACCUAAAAAACUUUUUGGUGGUACCAAAAAAUAUUAACGGAGUUUGUGUUUUAAACAACCACGUUUAUAAUCCCAUAGAAUUUGGCUACAAUCUUCUGACAAAAUGCAAAUAUAGAGGACAAACUCAGAAAAUAAAAAACGAACACCCUACAAAUAUUUGCAGAAAAAUACAGCGUGAUAUUUUAUUUAAUUGGCUAAUUUCUGAAGAUGAAAACCGAUCCUAUGGAUAUUUUGGCGAUGCUGAUUCCGACAAACUAAGCGAUUGGUGGCCCAUUCUUUUGGAAACUUCAAUAAAAAACACAAUAAAUAAUACUAUUGGAAAUUUUAUCAAUAAAAACGAGAGCUUAUACUGUUUAAACAUAAUCUCUGGUCUUGAAAUUGAUAUUUUCCAUACCAGAAUUGACUUUAAAAAUUUGAUAAAUCAAGAAAAAAUAUUGGGCAUCACUUUUAAAUUUAAUAAAGCUCGAAACACGAGUUUUUCUUAUGAAAAUAAUAGUAUCACCCAUUAUUUUGAGAUGGACUUGAAAAGUAAAGUUAUGUUUUACGAUAUAUCUAUCCACAAAAGAAAAAAAUUUGUGGAUCCUCCAACGUUUGAAGUAAAAUUACCUUACGACUUUUUUUAUCCGUUUAUUAGAGUUUACAAUAAUGAUGUUGUGAGUGAUUACUGUUGCAGGUAUUACAGGAGAUGCUGCCAAUAUGUAAGACCUUCUGGCUGUCCAGUACCUUCAAGUCCUGAAUCUAGAGCAAGUUGUAGACGCCCUCAAAAAUGUAGAAAUGAUUUAGAUUGUUUAUCCCCAAGAAUGUGCUGCCCCUCAUCUGUUUGUGGAGAUACUUUUGAAGAAAGAGAAGAUUUCUCGAAGGGAGUGGAAUCCCCUCUUGAACAAUAG